UGGGUAACCCGUCUCUGCUUGCGAUCCAAGCCCCCUGUUGACGGCGACAGAACCAGACCACCAUCACCGGCCUGCUGAGUUAGCGGCUUAUUGCCUUUCAUAAAUCAUAUAUGGGACAGGGAAUUACGGAUAGUUGAUGGCGCGAAUCCCUCCAGUCUGCUGCCAGCCGAUGCCAGCGAAGGGAAGAGAUCUGUCUGUCCGCCCGACCUACAGCGCGAGCUUUGGGGCUGUAUCGGCACGGAAUCGGCCGAGGCAUGUGAGUUCGCGCCUCCUGGGCGGACUGCGCCGUCGAUGUGACGCUAGCCAGUCAUUAUGUGCCUGCCACAAGGUACGGCUCAGCUUGUACGGAUAUGUAGCAGUACACCUGUGCCAGGUGUUCAGAGAAAGUAUCAGGAAUGAUCUGGCUGAGCCCAACUAUUGAGCUGCUCCGAUAUUUGCCUAAGGAAGCCAGUGCAUGAGCCAACGGGUAGUCGGAGCUCACCAGCUCACCCAGCAUGCAGUGCUACUCUACCCCUCUCGAGGGAUUUCUGAUGG